UCAGUGUGUGUAUCAGUGUGUGUAACAGUGUGUGUGUAUAGAGAGCACACUAUAACCCCGGCAUGCAAGGAAGCAGUGAUGAAGGGCAGGGGAAAUGAAGCAGUGCUGGGAUCUACUUAGGGUGGUACGCUUGCCAAAAAUGCAUCAUGCAUCUUAAUUCGCUCCGUCCAGUCCCUAGCAUACCGCGCUGUAAGCUCCAGCGGCUCCCUGCUGCUGUCUAUCCAUUCCCCCCAUUUUCCUAUCACGAUGAUGCCUGAAAUCUCUUGGCCAUUUGAUGCAGAUCUGGAUAUUAAUUAUUUCAGAAGCAGAGCAUCCUCCUCCUCCUCCUCCAUCCUCAUUGCUCCCAGGCUCUGAGACCCAGCCUGGUGCUGCUGUAGCCAAAGCACUUGCGUUUUUUUUCAGUGAGGGGCAAAGCUCUCACAUGACUGAGCUCCCUGAGCUCCCCUUGUGCCAUUAUAAUCCAUUGCUGCCUGUGGGGAGGGGGAGCCAGGACAGGUAGAGAUAUCCAGUAAGUGGGAAUGGGAUGCUGAACUUUAUUUUCUCCUGGUGUAUGUGUGUGAGUGUGUGAGUGAGAGAGAGGGCUCUGCGGAUUCAGUGCAGUAUCUGCCUCCUCCUCACCCUGGUGGCACAUCCUACAAGCUCAGACUGGCUGUGCCAGGGGAAGCCGGGCUUUUUACCCUAUACACUGGAGCUACUUGGUCAUUUUGCAUCCCAUCAGCUUGCAAAUGCUACUGUUUGAUCUCUGAUCCCGUCUAUGUAUCAUUCCUAUUUUUUUCCUGAUCCCUCUUUUUGUUUCCCACCCCCCAUCUCUUUUUUCUGUGUUUUUUUUGCAGGUGUGACAGUAUGAAUUCUGCCCAGUAGGUGGGACUUGGUGACUUUAACACCCGGCUUUUUUGUCUUCUUUUUUAAUUUUUUUUCUUUUUUUUUUCGGUUUCUUUUUUUUUUCUGGUUUCCUUCAUCUGGUGCUGCGUUCUUUAGAAGUCUGGCAACAUCUUCUGGGAAAAAAAGAGAAAUAAAUAAGGCAAUAUUGUGGGAUCAAGCAGGCAGGCACCAGGCAUGAUGUAUUUGUGUGGAUUGGGACUGGGAGCGCUUUCAGGAUGAGUUUGGCUGCGGGAGGAUUUUCCAUCUGAUUUGCUGAUCAAGGGAAAGGCUCAGCUUUGCUCUUCAUCUUCACCCCCUUUCCCCCUUUUCUAUUCUGCCCCCUCCCCCCCAUAUUUUGGGGUCGGAAAACGGAUGCCUGAAAUGGAUGUGUUGCUUCUGCCUGGCAAGUGCAGUUUCUGGCGGAUUUUGCUAUUGUGGAGCCUUUGGCUGGACUCCUUGGGGUCGGCUUGCCCUGCUAACUGUGUGUGCAACAGCACCGAGAUUAACUGCACGAAGCCGGACGAUGGGAAUAUCUUUCCCCUGUUGGAAGGGCAGGAAUCUGGGACCAGCAAUGGCAACUCUAUCGUUAACAUCACUGACAUCUCCAGGAAUAUCACUUCAAUACAUAUAGAAAACUGGAAAGGCUUGCACACAUUGAAUGCUGUGGAUAUGGAACUUUACACUGGUCUACAAAAGCUAACAAUCAAGAACUCUGGACUCAGAAACAUACAGCCAAGGGCAUUUGCCAAGAACCCACAACUGCAAUACAUAAACCUUUCUGGAAAUCGACUCACAUCCUUAUCAUGGCAACUCUUUCAAAAUCUGGAGCUUGUAGAUUUGAGAAUAGAAAGGAAUCACUUUAACUGCAGCUGUGAGAUCCGCUGGAUUCAGCUUGGUCAGGCAAAAAAUGAAGCAAACUUGAAAAGACAACAGCUCUACUGCAUGAAUUCAGAUGGUGUUGUCAUUCCUCUCCAGGAAAUGAACAUUUCACAGUGUGACCUUCCUGAGAUCAGUGUCAGCCAUAGCAGUCUGAUAGUGCAAGAAGGAGACAAUGCAGUAGUCACUUGCAACGGAUCUGGUUCCCCAUUACCAGACGUGGACUGGAUUGUUACAAAUCUCCAUUCAAUAAACACACAUCAGAGCAAUGUCAACUGGACCAACGUGCAUUCCAUUAACCUGACACUAGUGAAUGUCGCACGUGAAGAUAAUGGCUUCAUAUUGACCUGUAUUGCAGAGAAUGUGGUGGGAAUGACAAAUGCAAGUGUGCCCCUCACUGUGUAUUUUCCACCCCGGAUAUUGAGUUUGAAAGAGCCAGUAUCGCGGCUUGAGCAUUGCAUUGAAUUUGUGGUACUCGGAAAUCCUCCUCCAGUUUUAAACUGGUUCCAUAAUGGAAAAGCUCUUAGAGAGGUGGAUUUCAUUCGUACAGAGCUCUACAGACAGGACAAUGUUACUGAAGGCUGUCUUCUCUUUAAUAAGCCAACACAUUAUUACAAUGGAAAUUAUACGCUUAUGGCCAGUAAUAAGCUUGGAGUUGCUAGGCAAACAGUUUAUGCUCAUUUUUUGGGGCAACCAUUUCCAGAGACUGAUUACUUCUUUUCAGCAGAUUUUGGAAGUCCCACGCCGCCUAUCAGUGUGACUCAUAAGCCAGAAGAGGACACGUUUGGUGUAUCUAUAGCAGUUGGAUUAGCAGCAUUUGCAUGUGUCCUGUUGGUUGUUCUCUUCAUUGUAAUUAAUAAGUAUGGACGACGUUCAAAAUUUGGAAUGAAAGGGCCUGUGGCAGUGAUAAGUGGGGAAGAAGAUUCUGCAAGUCCUCUUCAUCAUAUCAACCAUGGCAUUACUACACCCUCAUCUCUAGAUGCUGGACCAGAUACUGUUGUCAUUGGUAUGACCCGUAUUCCAGUUAUUGAAAAUCCUCAGUAUUUCCGACAAGGCCACAACUGCCACAAGCCAGACACAUAUGUACAGUACAUUAAGAGGAGAGACAUAGUUCUGAAGAGGGAACUUGGAGAAGGGGCUUUCGGGAAAGUGUUUUUGGCUGAAUGCUAUAACCUCAGUCCCACCAAAGACAAAAUGCUUGUGGCAGUGAAGACCCUGAAAGACCCUACUCUGGCAGCUCGCAAAGACUUCCAAAGGGAGGCAGAGCUUCUCACCAACCUCCAACACGACCACAUUGUCAAGUUCUACGGAGUGUGUGGAGAUGGCGAUCCACUCAUUAUGGUGUUUGAAUACAUGAAACACGGGGACCUCAAUAAAUUUUUAAGAGCACAUGGACCUGAUGCCAUGAUCCUUGUAGAUGGCCAGCCCCGUCAGACUAAAGGAGACCUGGGUCUAUCACAAAUGCUCCACAUCGCUACACAGAUUGCUUCUGGAAUGGUCUAUCUUGCAUCUCAGCAUUUUGUCCACCGAGACUUGGCCACCAGGAACUGCUUAGUGGGGGCUAAUCUGCUUGUCAAGAUUGGAGACUUCGGCAUGUCCCGUGAUGUCUACAGUACAGACUAUUACAGGGUAAGGGUGGGAGGACAUACAAUGCUGCCUAUUCGCUGGAUGCCUCCUGAAAGCAUAAUGUACAGAAAGUUUACCACCGAAAGUGAUGUGUGGAGUUUUGGUGUUAUCCUGUGGGAGAUUUUCACUUAUGGAAAACAACCAUGGUUCCAGCUAUCAAACACAGAGGUGAUUGAGUGCAUUACCCAGGGACGUGUCUUAGAAAGACCAAGAGUGGCCCCAAAGGAAGUCUACGAUAUUAUGUUGGGAUGCUGGCAAAGAGAACCACAGCUGAGAUUAAACAUCAAAGAAAUCUGCAAGAUCCUCCAGGCACUAGGAAAGGCUUCACCGAUCUAUUUGGACAUCUUGGGCUAGAAAAAGUCCAUUUGUGAAGAUCCAACCCUACUUAACCUCUUUUUCCCUAUUCCUGCUUUCCAAGAAAUGUCUUCAUAUGUUAAAAGAUAAAAAAAAAUAAAAAAAUAAACUCAAGUGCCUGCAAAACACAACAACACAGAAAUAAACCUGUGAUAGCAGAUUUGUUUUUAUAAAUCUUCCACCAAUACAACCAAUGAGGAAGAAGCUGCUGUUACAUAUUUCAAAUAUAUAUGUGGGAAAUUAAAGUAGACCACUGAAAAUGGUUAAUAUUUGCUCCUGUUUUUGCAGUGUGCAAAAAAGUUUCCUCAACUACAUGCAUAGAGACAAUCUGAUAUGCCACAGGGGCAUCAAGCCUUGAGAUGUCACAGCAGUCAUUGGAAUGCUCAGCAUUACAGCUUACACAGUGGUGGUGGAUAACUGCACCUGAAUCCAUUGUCUCACUGAGACUGGUUGUUUGAAAGCCCACAUGUGGAUGUCAAGGCAAAACAGCAAACUGCAACUAUAUUUGGGGUGAGAAGAGCAAUUCAGCCAUUCUUGGGGGGGGGAGCUGUAUAUUUGUCUUCUACAGUACUUCUGAAUUUAUGGACAGUUUUCUAAUUUGUUAUCUCCUAAAUGUAUAGAAUUUCUGCAAAUUUAACUGGUACCUACGGGUAAGACAGUUUUUUUUAUUUGUCCUUUAUAAUUGUUUCUUUCUCCCCCCCUCCCCCUUCCUUUUUUACACUGGGAAUAUGUAGGAUGCUUGAUUAGAGUGAGGCACCAUAACAGUUGUUGUGGCUUUUUUUACUGAAAUUUUGAGCACCCGACGUGUUUAACCAGUAUUCUAAAUUCAAAGCAAAAAAACAAAAAAAAAAAAAUACAAAUUUGCCAAUGAUAAAACUCCGUUAAGGCUAUUUAGAUGGAUAGGGAUCAAAUGUAUUAUUUCCCAAUCUUAUUUCAUUGUUUUAAAUCAGAUUGUCUUGUUUCAAUGUAGUGUGUCUCAGGUAUGGAUUCCUUGGUUAUGUCACAUUUCAGUGACCCCCAAUUAAAGAUAAAUUAAUUAAUUAUCUGACUAUUCUAAUAUGUAGGACAGAUUUAUUUUCAUAAACAAAAAUUCUAGAGGAAAAAAAAUCUCUUUAUUAUUUAUGUAAGCAUAGAGGAGGACAUUUUAUUGAGGGAUAUAUUUACACUAUAAACAUUUCCAUCAGAGUCUUUAGUUUGCCCACGGAAAGCAGAUCUCUGUUCUAGUGAAUAAUACACCCAAGCUAACAUUGCAUUUGCAUUAUUAACUCAUAGGAAUAUUUCUUUCCAAGGGUCUCCAUUAAUGCCAUAAAAUUACUGUGAGUGCCGUUGUUAUCUUUGUAAUUUAUGUUUUAAGUUCUUCAUCAAAAAACUGAAGUGAUAUGUCUGGCUUUGAAAUGGCUGCUAACACCACCAAACUAUACGAUCUAGUCACCUCCCAUCCCCAUAUCAAAUCAACCAGUGCAUCUGCCUUUUGAUCUGUUGCUAAACGUUGAGUCAAGAAACAAAUGGUCUGGAUGAGGAGCUGGAAUUCACAGUGAGACAUAUAUAGAUUGACCUCUGAUGGAUUCGGAUUACAGUACAUCAUUGCUCAGCAACAAAUGGGCGAAUUGACACAUGCUCACAAAUACUGAGAGACAGUAUUGGAGUUGAAUGAACAAAUUCCUAACAAUAACAAAUCCAAAAAUGAUCAUUUGUACAAGAUUAAUACGACGGAUACCCAAUCUUGUACAGUACAGUGUUUAAUAGACUUUCACGAAGGAACCACAUGCAUUACUACCAUUUAUGGUGAGACUGGAAAACAUAAAUUGUCAAUUUUUUUUCCAUAGUGCUUUCUAACCACACACCUGAGGCUGGUUUCUUUUUUUUUCUACUGAUGCCUGAUUUCAUCAUUUCAAAGAAAUGAAAUCAAUCAAGAAUUUUAGAUUUUUUAGUUUAGGCAACCAUUACGCAAGAUACCCAGAAAGUGCAUUUAAUUCUGAAAUAAGAAAUAGCUUGUAAAGAUUUAAGAAAAGUAUUAAGUGGUAAGAAAUUGGAACUGACACUUGCAACAUGUGUAUUGUAUGUAUACUGUGAUAAGCUCAUGAAUCUCUGGGACAACAAUGGCAAAGCCAUUAAAAAGGGGGCAGAAAAGGUCUCUGUUAUUCCCUUUCUCAAAAUUGAGCAGUAAUAGAGAGAGACAUUGAUAAUAAUAUCAUUGAAAGCUAUAGUAAUGAAGAAAGAGAGACAAAUGACCCCGGUAGUGAUUCCAAAUAAGGCAAAGAGACAUGUUCUGUAACCCCUGCUAUUGAUUGUAUAAUCACAGUUUGGCAGUAGAAAAUAGGCAUCUGAGUUUUGCACUGAUCCAAGUACAACAAACCAUUAGAAUACAAGUCACUGGCUCAUCAGCUGAAGUAUUGUUAUGUGCUAUAAGUAUAUGUUGGUGCUUAGGGAGGAAAUGUUCUUUCCUAAUCAUUCACAUUAUUUAAUUGUCUUUAGUGCUGAUUGCUCAUUAGAUAUUUUAAGUCUGACAUGUAUUUAUUUCUUACUGUCCAAAAUAAUGUAUUAAACACUCUCUGGUUAUGCCUUGAAACAACUGGGAGCACCCAACAUCUAUCAUCUUCUUAGCUAUCGGUACAUAUAUGCAUAUAUAUUUGUUUCCCCUGUAACAAUGUAUGUUUCCAUAAUGUUUUUGAAUCACAAAUACACUAGCCUUUCUGCUUUUUUUUAUUAGAUUAUAUAUACAAAAAGGUCAGUGUUGUUUACCAGCAUAGAUGUGAGUUUCCAAAGAACCGUGCCCAAGUGUAUUUUCCCAUUACAUGUUCAUUAUUAUUAUUAUUAUUUAUUUAUUGUCUGUAGGACAUUUAUUAAAAGCCAUAAAUAUGGAGGGGUAAAUGAACUGGUGUUUAAAUAUAUAGAUAGCAUAGAAAAUGAUCCCACUUUUUUAUUGUGCUUAAAAUGUAUAAGUAAAAUUGUGCAGUUUUGCAUAGAUAACUCAUUGUAAGAAUCAACAUUGUCUCAACAAUCUUAUCUCUGACAUGAAACCCACAAAUGCAAAGUAAUUUGCUGUCUAAUAGUCAGCAAACUAAGGCUGAACUUUCUUAUUGUGAAAAGAUUGAUCUUGCUUUAACACACUUGUGCCCCCCUCCAAAAAAGUAAAAUAUAAAAACAUGUAAUGUAUUAAAAAAAAUGAAAAGGAAGUGGCAACAAAGCAUUCCACACAAAAAGAGGGAAAACAGUUAAAUCCUUGCAGUCUGGAUAACAGUGACUGUUGCACUAAUACUUCAAAAGAGCUUUAUGUAGAAUUAAUUUUGAACUGUCAGGCAACACUGAUAUCCAGGUUAGGCUCCAUGUUGGAAGUUUGACAAAAAGCCUGCUUCAAUGCAUAUAGCAUUAUACUGGUUAUGAAAUCCUUAUUGAAAUCUGUUAUAACUCCACUCUCUUCUGUUUUUCUUAUGUUAUCUGAUAUCAAUAUAUCUCGGAUUAAUCAAUUGACUGCACCACUGUACUGUUGAAUUUACAGUCAAGGUGUCUGUACUAAGGGGUAAUCCACUUCCCCAACCUACAUAAUGUUUAGGCAUCCAUUACCUUCAUCAAACCUUUGCUGACUAGCAAGCAAGUUAGUUAUAUAAGCAUUUAAUGCAUCAAAUUACUUUAUCACAUACUAUUGUUACUCCAUUAUAAACGGUAAUUGCAUUCCAAUUAAAUUUAAAAGCAUAAUGUCCUAUGGAAUAAGUCACACAUACGUAACCCCUAUUGCUGAAGAUAAAGAGUUUGUAAUAAAAACAGAAUUGUAAAGAAUAAUGCAAACAAUACAACAAAUCAUUAAAUACAAACUAUUUACAAACUAUUUAAUCUUUUAGGUUGUAAUGUUUUUAAUCUAUCCAACAAACUUCCCUCCACUUUAGAUGUUUUUACCCUAUCACCACUGGAGAUAUUUGUACAUGUUCUAAGGCAUUAAAUAGGAUAUCAUUAGGAUUGUGUGCACAAUCUGUAGUGUCUAGGAACCAGAAGGGACACCUGUUUACAAUUCAUUGAGAACCUAUGUGGGGAGAUCUAUUCAUGUAUUUUCUGUGAUAUUUCCCCUAUAGAGGACCACAGGAACAACAAAGAACAUAGAUAUAGUAGUUACCAUUGCAAGAGCAGUGACCCCAUAUAUCAAUAUAACUAUCUCCUGUGGGAAAAAGUGGAGCAUUGUAUCACAUAUUUACAUUAGGUGUAGAAAGAGCAUUUAAACAUGCAUCUUAGGUGGCCCAAAAAACAUAAACCUCACCUGUUACAGCUUUAACAUGGGGCAUACAUAUGUGUGACUUGUUCCAUAGGACAUAAUGGAUCUAAAUUUAAUUGGAAUACAAUGAUUGUAUGUAAUUGAGUAGCAAUACUAUGUGAUUAAGUCAUGUCACAUAUUAAGUGCUUAAAUAACUAUAAUUUAUAAUAAUAUACUUGCUAGCAAGGUACUCAGGUUCAUUUCCACAGGCUAAAAAUACCUUCCCUAUAACAUAAGUCUUACAGUUAAACUACAGGCUGCGCCUAGAGUUGUAUUUGAUAUUUUAGUUUAAUUUGGCUUAUCUUAGUUGGAAUGGCUCAUCUGUACUGCUUCUCUGAUGAUAUGUUAAGGAUGUGCACUGUUCAUAGGUAAGAGCUCUCUGCCUAUUUGUGAACCAGCAUUGGCAGAAUUAUGAGAGCUGCAGUUUAAAAACAGUUUCAUUCUAUAAAACAAACAUCCAUCAGGAUAACAGAUGCAUGCUAUAAAACUGCCCCUAACAGCGCAGCACUGCCCUUGCAUGAUUCAGUAAUAAGCCAAUAAUGUAUUAAUGCUUCUAUUUGUUGGUUAUUCUCAAAUGUCAUAGGAUUAAUAUAAUGCAUAAAUAAAUGAUCACAUAAGCUAAGAGCAAUCUUACAAUAGAAAAACAAAGGCACCAUUGUUUGGAACAGUGUCUAUUUGUUCCAGGCAAUUAACCACCAAGUAGAAUGCUAAAGGUCUAAUUUCAGAAGCAAUCAGCUUUCUAUUGACGUCAGCAGUAAUAUGCAGCAAAUAUAAAUUUCCCUUUCUCUCCUUUUGUGCAUUAUUGAUGCCAUAAAAUAGAUAUAUAAAUCUGGUUGUUCGAGCAUACUUGCAUCUUUUAUUAUGUUUUAUUAAUUUUCAGUGGCAUGAGAACUUGGCUGAUGACUUCUAGCAGGCUGUAUACACAGUGGUAUGGCCAGCAAGAUGAAAGGCAGCGCUCUGAGAUUUAACUUGCUCCUGGCACUACCACUGUUUCUGAAUUACAGGUCCCAGAAAUAUUCCUUUGGUCAAUAUGGUAAACAUUUUCUUACUGGUGUCGUACAACAGCUACUGGUGGGUCAUGGGUGAGCCAUUUCUGACCUAGCAAGUGCGCUGGCUGAGCUCCCAAGAAAGAAAAUAUCUUUAGAUGAUUUUUGUAAUCGCUGCUCAGCAAGAAUAUUGCUGUAGGGAUACUAAAAGUAUGAGUCUUUUUAAGUUUCCUUUCAGUGAAGCCAUGUAUUCUGUAAGGAAUAAGCGCCUUUGAAAUCAAUGAAAGGAACAUGUUCAGGAUUCAGUUCAGGAGCGGCACUUCUUGAGUGGAUCCAAAGGGUGAGCUCAGUGGAGCAGCACAGCAGUCAUCGGUUGUCCCUACAGUAAAGAGAUAACAAAUUCAAUGAUCUGUGCAUUCCUUUUAUGUCUUCAAAGCAAAAAAUGCAAAAUGUGAAAUAUUUACCCAAUUAAAUAUUACUCUUGCUGUGGUUUCUUAAGUACUCUUAACAAAGAGGCUGGGAAAUUAACUGUUUUCUGGAAACAGACUGGUUGCAUUUAACCUCAUUCCUUCAAAAUGUAAUCUUUAGAAAAUACCAGGUUAACUUGAAAAUACACAGCAUGAUUCUUAUUUAUGUACUGUGCUACAAAGGGAAAACAUGUCCUGACUGCAAAUAUAUAGUAACAAUAUAAGAUCUUACAUGCCAUCCCGUGCAGGGAAGACAUUGUGGGAAUAGUAGGAGUAUAGGCAUUUCAUAUAACAUUCCUAUAAGUUUUGAUGCAUUUGAUGUGAUCCCAAUGUUUAAUUCUUCAUACAAAAGACACAAAUCAAAUGCAAGAUGGGUGAAUCCCUGUAAAUUAGGGACAAAAACUAUUAAACAGACGUUCCAAGUGAAACAAACCUCUUGCUUACUUGAGGUGAUAGAAAUUUUAACAAAUGAAUAUGGACAUAAGGGUUUGAAUGCAGUUUGGAAUCUGCUUGAAGACUGUGUAUGCACCCAAGUCCAAAAAUGAUGUAUUUGGUGCAUCUAUUGAAAAAAA